AUGGCCGACACAAUACCCAACAACGGACCCGACGCGCUGGACGAGACCCUCACGCGACUCUCCAAGAAGCCCGGCGUCAAGGCCACAGUCAUCCUCGAUCGAGCCACGGGCGCGAUCCUGCGGACAAGCGGUCAGCUCUCCUCCUUCAACGCGGCGACGCUGGCGACAGGGCAGGGCUCGUUUUCUGGUGAGGGCGCCGCCGGGCAGCAGCAACAACAAAACGGCGAGGAACAACCGCAGGGCCUGGAGGAUUUUGCGGCGAAGGUCUGGAACUGGGUUAAUGCGUCGGGCACACUCGUGCUGGAUCUGGACACCGAGGUGAGAGGAAAAUAUCCCUUUGACUGCGGUGACGUGUUGAGGGCAUGGACCGAGCGCUGA